CCUUAACUUCCUCAUGAAAAAUGAACAAACUGUUCUCCCUUUCGCUAAUUCUAACCACCCGGCUCACGUUAGUGAACGCCCCUCAUUAUACAAAGUACCAGAAGUUAGAGCCCAUUUAUGGCGGGAAACCCCAUAACCGUUUAAAUAAAUUCUCUUUUUCUUCAUUUCUCUGUAAAAUCAUCUAUGGCUUCUGGAGCGAACUCUUUGAUGUGGUUCAGGAAGGGUUUGAGACUCCAUGAUAAUCCAGCUUUGGAAUAUGCAGCUAAAGGAUCGAAGUUUUUGUACCCUGUUUUCGUGAUUGAUCCACACUAUAUGGACCCUGAUCCGACUGCAUUUUCUCUGGGUUCAUCUAAAGCCGGGUUGAACCGGAUACAGUUUUUGCUUGAAAGCCUUGCUGAUCUCGAUUUGAGUCUUAAGAAGGUUGGUUCACGUUUGUUGGUGCUCAAGGGUGACCCUGGUGAGCUCUUGAUUCGCUGCUUGAAGGAGUGGAGCAUAGGCAAACUUUGCUUUGAGUACGACACAGAGCCCUACUAUCAAGCUUUAGAUGAAAAAGUUAAGGGCUAUGUUUCUGGAACUGGUGUAGAGAUUUUCUCUCCUGUGAGCCAUACCCUCUACAAUCCUGCCGAUAUAAUACAUAAGAAUGGUGGAUCCCCACCUCUGAGUUAUCAGUCUUUCCUCAAACUGGCUGGGCAACCAUCUUGGGCAGCAACCCCUCUUUCAACAACCAUAUCUUCACUUCCUCGUAUUGGAAAUACUGGAAGUUUUGCAGUCUCAGAAGUUCCAACUGUCAGAGAACUUGGUUAUGAAGAUUUACCAGAGGACGAAAAGACUCCUUUUAAAGGUGGAGAAUCAGAAGCACUGAAGAGGUUGAGAGAAUCAAUUGCUAACAAGGAAUGGGUUGCAAAUUUUGAGAAACCCAAGGGUAAUCCAUCUGCAUUUCUAAAACCAGCAACAACUGUUUUAUCACCCUACUUAAAGUUUGGUUGUCUCUCUUCCAGGUACUUCUACCAGUGCAUUCAGGACAUUCUGAAAUGCUCUAAAAAGCAUACUUCUCCACCUGUUUCUCUUCUUGGACAGUUGUUAUGGCGCGACUUUUUCUACACAGCUGCCUUUGGAACUCCUAAUUUUGAUCAGAUGAAGGGUAACAGAAUAUGCAAACAGAUACCUUGGAAGAAUGAUGAUAAAUUGCUAGCUGCUUGGAGAGAUUCCAAGACAGGGUUUCCUUGGAUUGAUGCCAUAAUGGUCCAGCUUCGAAAGUGGGGUUGGAUCCAUCAUCUUGCUCGACACAGUGUAGCAUGCUUUCUAACUCGUGGGGAUCUGUUUGUGCAUUGGGAGAGAGGACGUCAUGUUUUUGAAAGACUGCUUAUUGACUCUGAUUGGGCAAUCAACAACGGAAACUGGUUGUGGCUAUCAUGCUCUUCAUUUUUCUACCAGUAUAAUCGGAUUUAUUCACCAAUCUCAUUUGGAAAAAAGUAUGAUCCUGCCGGGAACUAUAUCAGGCAUUUUCUUCCUGUUUUAAAAGAUAUGCCUAAGGAGUAUAUAUAUGAACCUUGGACUGCUCCUAUAAGUGUCCAACGUAAAGCAAAAUGCAUCAUUGGCGUAGAUUAUCCCAAACCAGUUGUUUCCCAUGAUUCUGCAAGCAAAGAAUGUAAGAUGAGACUUGGUGAAGCAUAUGCAUUGAACAAGAAGCUGAAUGGCUUGGUCAGUGAGGAAGACUUGAACGAGUUAAGGAGAAAAGCAGACAAUGAAUCUACAACUCUGGAUUCUGUUUCCAGGAAGAAAAAACAGAAGUUAAUUGAUUAGGACUACGCCAUUGAAACCAUAGGUGUAUACAAGAUCGGCAGCUAGGCAACCAGUAUUUGUAGGAGCUACGAAAGAACAUUCUCCUCCAACGACAUCUCCUUUAAAAUGAUGCCACUGGUGAUGCCUUGGCCCUUAGGUCCCUUAACUCAAUAGUGUUAAAAUGUAGGUGUCCUAUUAUAGUAUAUCAUGUGUGUGCCAGGAUUCGGGAGAUUAGAGUUAACAUACUGAGAGAAGGAGAAUGAGUGUGUGUGUGUGUCAAAAUAGAGAAGCACAAAUCUGGUAUGUUUUGAUAUUUAAGUGAAUAAGAUCAUUAAGAUAUUUAGCUCUUCUUUAACAGUGACAACCUAUAAAGGAGAAUGUGAUGUAUCCCUGUUGUUCUUUGACGAUGUCCUACUCACAAUACAUGAUACGUUUUAGAUCCCUUCUUCCCUUGAUUAUGUUUUGAUAGCUUUUAGGAAAUGAGUCCUUUUCAUUGUCUUCCUUCUUUUUUGUUGGAAGAUAUUGUGAAAUACGAUGUGUUUCAUAUGAAUUUAUUAUUUAUGA